UGUCUCAACACUCAGAAACCCGCCGCCUCAACUCCCAUCUCUCAUAAACUUCACAAACCACUCACUCCGCUCUCUAAACCCGCCGCCACCUCCUCUGUGCCCACCUCAAGAAACCCGCCUCCGCUCCUACCCUGUCUAUCAUCACAAGAAACCCAACGCUCUCCAAACGAGGGCUUGCGUUUUUCUUGAGAGACCCUUUGAGUAGUUGAAGGGGAGAAACUGAUGGAGGUUUCAAACCCUACGCAUAGCAAGACAACUGGGCUUCCACGUAAGCGGUUCUAUCGGGCACGGGCUCACAGCAAUCCCUUGAGCGAUUCACAUUUCCCAGUUCCAAUCUCCCCGAGCCAGUUUGACAGUACCCUCCAUUAUCCUCAGUUUUUCAAAUCUGAUUCUUCCAAGAAGAUUGAGUUUGCGGAUAUUGGAUGUGGAUUUGGUGGGCUUUUGAUUAGUCUUUCGACUCUUUUUCCUGAUACGCUUAUGAUUGGGAUGGAACUGAGGGACAAAGUGACGGAGUAUGUGAAGGAAAGGAUUCUGGCAUUGAGGGCAUCAAAUCCUGGCCAGUAUGAGAAUGUAUCUGUGGUUCGGACUAAUUCCAUGAAGUACAUUCCCAAUUACUUUGAGAAGGGACAGCUGACGAAGAUGUUUUUUCUGUUCCCAGAUCCUCAUUUCAAGGAGAAGAAUCAUCGGCGCAGGGUAAUUAGCCCUCAUUUGCUGGAUGAGUAUGCGUUUGUGCUUAGGGCCGGUGGGAUUAUAUACACGAUCACUGAUGUAGAGGAACUUGGCGUGUGGAUGAAGUCUUGUUUGGAAGGUCACCCAUUGUUUGAGGCUCUUCCCGAGGAUGAGCUUGAAGCUGAUCCCGUCGUGAAGCUCUUGAACACUGCAACUGAGGAGGGUCAGAAAGUUGCAAGGAAUGAAGGGCAGACGUUUCGAGCUGUUUAUAGACGGAUUGCAACGUCUCUUCCUCAUUGAGGUAUGUGCCGGCUGAUGGAGAAUUAAAAACAUAAUGGAUCUUCUUAUGCCAAAUUCUACUCAAUCAAAUGGUACAGCAGAGGGCAAGAACUUUCUGUGCCAAGUUUUGACGGUACCGAACUUUUGGAUUGUUAACGUAGAUUUCUGGUAUUCUGGUUUCCUGCCGAAUAUGAAAGUUAAUGCAACCUUAGAUGUGAUGGGAGACCAGUAUUGUUUUUACUUAUUACCAAUUCAUCCAUUUGUGUUUGGUCGUUGAAGAACACUUUUUGGAAAUGAUCUUGAUGAUGCUCAGAAAGCUGAAAAGAAGAGCUUGUUGCUAUUGCUUAAUUUGGAUGGAAAGAACAAGCCAACCGUGAUCAGAAGCUUCUGCAAAAGAUACAGCAAGGAUGUAGUAAGAUACAGUAAAACAUCUCACGUAUAUAGCGAUAUUUGAACUCAUGGUCUUGGAGCUUCAACUUCGCCAAUUGAACUAAGCAUUAUCGGCUACACGACUUGAUGCAGGCGGGUUGACAAGAUGUGAUCUUAAUUUCUUUUCAAAUCGAGAGGUUCGACUUGGUCGGUUUUUUUAAUUUUAUUUGAAUCAAUUGGAUUAAGCGAUUGGUGGCUUGCCAAAUUUUACACAGGUGACGAUGGACAAAAACCUUAAAAUUUUUAAUGGUAUGAAAGCCAUAAUUCUACAA